GAAUGAAGAUGGCGGAACUGUGAGCUCUGGUAUCUGUGUGCUUUUAAACUUCGUUUGUUUGUUUGGGUUUUUUUUUUAAACAUAAUUUGGAAGCUUGGAUAUUUUUCGGUGGGUGGAUGUUUUGUUUGUUGGUUUGUUUUUAAACAAGACGAUCGGUGUGUGAUAUUCCUGUCCCUGGAAUAAGACACUGCUGAGGGAUAGAGACCUCCGCCCACCGCGGGGAAACCCACCAAUCACAGCAUGGCUGAUCACAGGACAGGGGCAUCAGCAGCUCUGGAGUGCUGAAGAGAGGGAGAACGAGAGAGUGAGGAAGACAACUAGAAGAAAGGAAGGAGGAAUACAAGUCUGUGCUUUUUAGAACACAGAGAGAGAGAGAGAGUGAAGGAGUGUGACGGGGCAACCAAUCCUCUUAGUGUGUCUGAGAGAGGAGCUGGCAACAGGCACUGUGAGGAAAGGGAGAGUUGAGACUGUGAUUGAAAGAACAGACUAGCUUCUCCUGAGCCUUAAUUGUGUGGGAGAAUUGAUAGUGAGUGUGUGAUAAAUUGCAGGUAGGGAGGGUGGGCGAGGGGAGGUCGAUAAGCCUGUCUCUGUGUGUGUGUGUAUGUAUGCGUGUGUUUUCCUCUCUGUGUCCGUGUCUGCAGUGGGCAGUGACAACGGCAAGCAGAGAGAGAGGCUAUGGGUGCCAUGGUGACCUAGAGUAAAUGGCUGUUCCUGAGCUGAGCUUGUUGCCAGUGUCUGCUGCUCAUCCCUCCUCUCUCUCUACCUGCUCCUCCUGUUUCCUCCUCCUUCUCCUCCCCUGCCUCUGGUCCCCCUGCUGUCGCCGCCGCUAUGCUUUGGGUCUGGAAGUCUGUGUGUAGCCUUCGGCAGCUUGAGCUGCACCGUCUGAUCCUGGCCCUGAUCAUCUUCAGCCUGCUUUCCAUGUGCUUCCUGGCUUAUUAUGUCAGCAGCAGCCCCAAGAUCAAAGAGGCGCCCCCUCUUCCCUUCAGUGACUGCGGGGUGGGAGGAGGACCAGAGGGUGGGCAGAGGGCCCCCCCGUUCGUGCCCCUGCGGACGGGACAGCGGCAUUUCAUGAAGGCUGUGGACACAUCUCGCACGGACCCCAUGGUGCUAGUGUUCGUGGAGAGCCAGUACUCCCAGCUUGGCCAAGAGAUUGUGGCGAUGCUGGAGUCCAGCCGGUUCAAGUACCGCACGGAGAUCGCCCCGGGGAAGGGGGACAUGCCCGUGCUGACGGAGAGGGGGCGCGGCCGCUAUGCGCUGGUCAUCUACGAGAACGUGCUCAAGUACGUCAACCUGGAUGCGUGGAACCGGGAGCUGCUGGACAAGUACUGUGCUAAUUUCGGCGUGGGCAUGAUCGGCUUCUUCAAGGCCAACGAGAACUCGCUGCUCAGCGCCCAGCUCAAGGGCUUCCCGCUCUUCCUGCACUCGAACCUGGGGCUGCGAGACUACCGCAUCAACCCCACCGCGCCACUGCUCUACGUAACACGUGCCAACGAGGUGGAGCAGGGGCCCCUGCCCGGAGACGACUGGACCGUCUUCCAGUCCAACCACAGCACCUACGAGCCCGUCCUGCUGGCCAGCACCAAGUCCUCAGAGGCGCUGGCUCAACUGAGUGAGCAUCGGGCCCAGCACGCCACGGUGGUGCAGGACCUGGGGCUGCACGACGGCAUCCAGCGCGUCUUCUUCGGGAACAACCUGGCCUUCUGGCUGCACAAGCUGGUGUUCAUCGACGCCAUCGCACAUCUGACCGGACGCAAGCUCUGCCUCCCCCUUGACCGCUACCUGCUCGUUGACAUCGACGACAUCUUUGUGGGCAAGGAGGGCACGCGCAUGAAGGUGUCGGACGUGGAGGCGCUUCUGAACACCCAGAACAAAAUGAGAGCGCUGGUUCCCGACUUCACCUUUAACCUGGGCUUCUCGGGGAAGUUCCAUCACACAGGCACGGACGAGGAGGAUAUCGGGGAUGACAUGCUGCUGCAGCACAGGAAGGAGUUUUGGUGGUUCCCUCACAUGUGGAGCCACAUGCAGCCGCAUCUGUUCCACAACGUGAGCGUGCUGGCCGAGCAGAUGAGGCUCAACAAGCUCUUCGCUCAGGAGUACGGGAUCCCCACAGAUCUGGGGUACGCGGUGGCGCCCCAUCAUUCGGGGGUGUACCCUGUUCACAGCCAGCUCUACGAGGCCUGGAAGUCUGUGUGGGGGAUCCAGGUGACGAGCACUGAGGAGUAUCCCCACCUGAGACCGGCGCGAUACCGCAGGGGGUUCAUUCACAACGGCAUCCAGGUGUUGCCCAGACAGACCUGUGGCCUCUUCACUCACACCAUCUUUUACAACGAGUACCCAGGGGGCUCCCGAGAGCUGGACAAGAGCAUCCGGGGAGGGGAGCUGUUCCUAACGGUGCUGCUCAACCCGGUCAGCAUCUUCAUGACCCAUCUCUCUAACUAUGGGAACGACCGGCUGGGGCUGUACACCUUUGAGUCGCUGGUGAAGUUCGUCCAGUGCUGGACUAACCUGCGCCUGCAGACCCUGCCUCCCAAGCAGCUGGCUGACCAGUACUUCCAGAUCUUCCCUGAAGAGAGGGACCCCCUGUGGCAGAACCCCUGCGAUGACAAGCGACACAAAGACAUCUGGUCCAAAGAAAAGACCUGCGACAGGCUGCCCAAGUUCCUGGUGAUCGGACCACAGAAAACCGGUACGACAGCUUUGCACUUCUUCCUCUCUCUGCACCCAGCGCUCACCAGUAACUUCCCGAGCCCAGUCACCUUUGAAGAGAUCCAGUUCUUCAACGGGCCCAACUACCACCGUGGCAUUGACUGGUACAUGGACUUCUUCCCCUUCCCCUCCAACGCCAGCACGGACUACUUGUUUGAGAAGAGCGCAAACUACUUCGACACGGAGCCGGUGCCUCGUCGUGCUGCCGCUCUGCUGCCGCGAGCCAAGAUCAUCGCAGUUAUCAUCAACCCAGCAGAGCGUGCUCACUCCUGGUACCAGCACCAGCGGGCUCACCAGGACCCUGUCGCUCUGAACUACACCUUCCAGCAGGUGGUGCGUGCCCCCCCCAGCGCCCCGCCCCAGCUCCGAGCCCUGCAGAGCCGCUGCCUCUCCCCGGGGGCCUACGCAGCUCACCUGGAUAGGUGGCUCCAGUACUACCUACCCAGCCAGCUCCUGCUGGUGGAUGGCGCCAAGCUGCGUUUGAACCCGGUGUCUGCACUGGAUGAAGUCCAAAAAUUCCUGGGGGUGAGCCCCCUAUUCAACUACACACAGGCACUGACGUUCGAUGACAGUAAGGGGUUCUGGUGCCAGCGCCUGGAGGCGGGUCGGACACGGUGUCUGGGAAAGAGUAAGGGCCGGAAAUACCCAGACCUGGAUCCCGAGACACGCUCCUUCCUGUCGGAGUAUUACCGCGAUCACAACAUGACGCUGCUCAAGCUGCUCAACAGGCUGGGUCAGGCCAUCCCAGUUUGGCUCAGAGAGGAACUGCAGAGCUGGAGCUGAACACAGAACCAGAACCAGACCUCCAGACAGAGCCAGAGUUGGGCCAGGCGAGCAAACAGGGAGGGGGAGCUCAAAGACCAGUAACUACAGAAAAAACCCAGAGCCGCAGGGAAACAUGGAACAAGGGCACACACACGCACACACCCCCCUACCAUGGGUCUCACAUAGGGGGUGCCGUGGCUUACGCGAUGCCUUUAACAUGUUCUUGAGCGAACGGUCUCGUCGCACACACCCGCCGCUCGCUCGCUCCUCCUCCCUGGUGUUCAUUGCUCUGUGGGGAACUCGUCCAUGGCAGCAGUAUCCGAGCUGCUGUUAACCCUCUGCAGACAUUUUGUAUUUUUAAAGUGCGGUACGUGACUAUAAGGAGACUGAACGGAGAUUCAAACACAAAGGGACACUCAUGAACUAUAACCCCCUCUCUCCAAUACCCCUUUCUGUGUGUCUGUUCUUUUUAUUUUCAUUUUUUUAAACAAAACCUAUGCACAUUUUUUUUUUUUUUUUUAAAGGUGUUAAUGUGUGUAAUUCUUUUUUUUUUUGUUUGUUUGUUAAAUGAGACAUUUCAAAUAAUAAAGGACACAUUGCUGUUACUGAUUUUAAACGUGAACCCAGCGGACAAUCGGUGGUGUGUGUGUGGAUGGGAGAGAUGCGCAGGUUCCAGCAUCCUAGCUGCUUUAAUUUAUCCCAGGACUUUACGGAUAGGAAGGCCCCGCCUCUUGACAAAACCAGGCCAAACCAGACCCACCCAGGGCAACCUCGCGUCAAGCUGUGUCUUGCUGGGCACUGUUGCUGGUAACUGCCGUUUUCUCAAGGAAAUAUGCAUCCUGAGAAUUUUAAUUCAAACAGCAACAGGCAGUUGGGAGAUUUGGAACUGUGUAUCUGAUUUGGAGCUGUAGAUCUGGUUAUCGCUCAAGCUGAACACAAACGGGUAGGUGUUCAGACAGACACUGACUUUGGACUUGUUUUUUGGGGAGGAGGAAGGGAGAGGGAUUCCAUAUUGUGGGCUGUCCUUCCUAAUAUUAAAAGCUGCUCUGUGUUGUGUUUUUUUUUGUUUUUUAAAUAAAUAUGUAUUUUUAAAAGGAAGAACCACCAACAUAAUAUCAUCUCUAAUAAACCGCUGCAGUGUUUUGGGAAUUGUGUCUGAGUCAGUUCUGUACAGGGAGGCUUUGCUUUCUGUUUGAUGUUGCUAAACAGUUUUAUUUUAGUUUAGUUAAAUACUUUUUUAUUUGUCCUUACAAGUCGCCCACAACAUCCAGUCAUGCCAGCCUCCCAGAAGUGAGGUUCAAAAGACUAGUCUGGUGCAUUAAUAUGAACCCACUAUGCCACCUCGCCCCUGCGUUCCCCUGCCUGUAUGCCUCCCCCUGCACACCAUGUGUCUGUGCCUUUACCAUAGGAGACCUGUUUUAUUUUUUGUUAGUAUGAUGCUUCUGACUUGUGUCUUCCACUGUAUUCAUUACCUGCCUCCUGUAAGAGUGUCCCUCCGUUUUGUAAAUCAUUGCAUUAGAUGGACAGAUUUUUUUUUUUUUUUUUUUUUUGGUGAGGUGGGGAAAAUUUCUCUCCACAGGACCCUGCCCAGUGCUGAAUGCCAUUAUGCCAAAAGAAAUGCAAUGACAUCCAGAACAACACAAAGGCUCAGCAAUGGUGUUCUCUGGAGAAGAAAGUAAAAAGAAACUCAUUGCUAAACACAAGAGUUACGUUUCAGGCCUUGUCUUGUGUGUUGAAAAUGUUAUCCAGUCUCAAUCUGGCCUUACAUAUUGUACAAAAAUUAAUUCAAGUACUAGUUGGCAUUUUACAAGGUACAAAGCAGCUCUCGAGCUGGCUUAGGUGGUAGAGCAUUGGAUGCUGAUUGACCUGGCAGUUGGUUCAAGUUCUGCAAAUGUUAAUCCCUCGUUUUCCAAAAUAUUCUUUAAUUUACCUUAUAGACCUGUAAGGGUUGGCUUUUAAAUACAGUUUGUCACAAAUUAAACUAAUUUGAGAAGCACAUUUUAACCUUUUAUUUUUAAAGACUUUUUCAUUUCUGGUACUCUGUUUUAUGACAAUGUCUGUGGUCUUGAAAAAAAUAUAAAGAGGUGGACGUAAGAUUACGUAUGCAAUGCUUGGCUGUUGCAUAGAGCCAAGUGGUGCAGUGUGAUAUGCACUAACAUGCUAUGCUAGAGAACUGGGUUCAAAUCCAGUUAAUUCCAUCCUUUAUUUUCAAAGAAUUGGAUAAGUUCCUAUAUCAGCAGUAAUAAAGGAUGCGUUCUCACAAAUGUGAAAUGGCUCAAUGGGUUAAUUCACUAACAUGCUGUGCUGUUAUCCUUGGAGAAUUGGUUUGAAAGCCAGUUAAUUUCUUCCUUUAUUUUCAAAACAUUGUUUAAUUAACCUUACAGGCAGUGUGAACACACAGCUUUCCUGUGGGAGCUGGUGGUGCAGUAGGCUAAUCACCAUGACUGCCUCUCUCCUUGAAGAUGGCGAUUCAAAUCCAGCUCCUGGUACAUAAUUGGUUGCGUUUCCACAGAUGCAGAAGACCUACCCUGUGGAAGGAGGGGUGUCUGUCUGGCAGAGACUGCUUUUUCAUUUGACUAAUACAGCAAAUUAAAUAAAGGAAGGAACUCCCCUGGGUUUGAAUCCAGUCCCACAAGGCAGGCCCAUACAGCGUGCUAAUGAACUAACCCACUGCACCAUCUGUGUUCUUGUUACAGACUAGUAGACUAAAUCUGUCUAUGAGAGUAACAUCCUUUUUCAGAGAGUGCACACUACUGGAGUUGAGAAUCAUGGAUCUUACUGCACAACUACAGAGUUUCAUUCCACUGAAGCGAGGGAUUAACAAACCCAAACCUAUUAAACAGCAGACCUAUUCCAGGUAAAUACCAAGAAUAGCAGGGUAAAAAAAAGCUAUCAGUGUUAAUACUUAUAUAGAAUAACCAUGCAGUUUUUUGCCCCCUACUAAAGUACUAUCUCCACAUUUAAUUAUUUAUUACUGAUAAAAUAAAUCAGUUUGCUUCACUAACUGUGUGAGCCAAUCAGGAGCUUGCUUUAUCCAAUCAGAUUAUUGAAGGCAAGACAUACAGUUCCGCUUUCUCCCACAGGGUCAGGGUUUUGAAGAAUAUAGCAGAAAUAUAUUUAUUUUUGCAGAGGGGGUUAAAAUUAAUCUGAGUAACUUCAAAGGGACUGAGCUGUCUUCAGAUUUAAAAAAUAAAAUAAAAAAGUUGAUUUAUACCUGAACCAGUUCUACUGACUGCAUUGUGGUUUAUAACAAAACUUUGCGGUUUAUAAUAAAAGUGAGAGAGAAGACCGAUUGGUGCCGUCAGUCCAGCUCUUCAUAAACCAGGGAUUGGAUCAGAACCAGCUGAUAAACUGCACAGUACAAGGGCCACUGUUUGAAAUGUGGUUUUUAUUAAAUACUUUCAGAUCAAGUUUCAAUAAUAACAAAGCUAUGAUGAAGACCUACUAACAUUCAAACA